CUCCCAAAUUUUCUCAAGCCACUUCCCAUCCACAACCUAACUCUCCCCUAUCACACAACAGGGAGGACGAAGGCUCACACAUGCUUCAUCCAAGAUGAGUGAAGCCAGCCAGCCGCAUCUUUUUGAACUGCUGCUCAUCACAGGACAGUUUAACGCACCCGGAGGAAAGCACUAUCUGCGCUCUUGAGCUCACAGUCACCGGCAAUUAGCUAGUGUCACUAUGACAGACAGGGGAGAGAGAGUAAAAUCAUCCCUCUCACCCAGAGAGAAUGGUCAAUUUCACUCUUCUGACUCGCAGCCACAGAUUUCCAUGGCAUCGUGAAUGUCCAGCUUUUGACUAUAUAAUCACUUUCAACUUCUUUAACACGCCUUCAUCAGCUUUUGCGUGCUCUCAACUGUAAUAUUAAGUAUAUUGUUCUCUGUUCAAAAAUCAUCUUGGGAUGCAAACCUAUGCUCUGAACUGUAUCAUAUCUGCACUAAAAAUGGAAUGGCAAAAUCUACAAUAUAAUAAUCAAACAACCCUGUAUUUGUUUUAGUAUAUCAUGAUAUAGUUUUUAGUUUUAGUAUAUCAUGAUAUACAAUUGUGUGGAUAUUUUACUACUAUGUUAGCAGGUUGUUCGCUGUGCUUAUUGUGCUACUGUAUGCUAUAUCAUAGCAUGAUAUAGCAUACAAAUUUAUCAAAUCUUUUAGCGUAUUCCCAAGGUUUUAGUGCACGUGGAACUGUCCUCAUAACCAUCAUACCACAAUAACAGUAUACCUUCAAAUGUAUAAUAUGAAAACCCCUAAUAAUAACUCCCAUAUCUCUGUUCCUUUUCACUGUCACUUGUAAAAUUUAGAAAGAUUCACAGUGAAAUACCUGAUCUAGAGUUAACUGUGAUAUCAAUACAAUGUAGUAGUGUAAAUGUAUACUAAUAUUAAUAGAUAUUAGUAUAAUUCAUAUAUUUAAAAAAAAUAAAAUAAUAAUAUUAAAAACCUAGAGUGUGUAUGAAUCAGAGCUGCCAUGUUGAGAGUCAUGAGACAAAACUCCCCAGCUUCCUCUUUUAACACCGUACAGCUACGUAUAGAUACUUUCACUAUUGCUAAAUGACCAGGAAGACAUAUGACAACAAGUACAUUCUUGUUCCCACAUCAGUAAGAACUAGUUAACUUUGUGCCACGGAGGAAAAAUGUUUUUGUUUCGGCCUUUUCGUUUGAUUUUCUUCCAGGUAUCCUUCUUCUUAAGUUCACUGUGUGAGGGUGAAAUCUCCUGCUUAAAUGAAGAUGGGCAACCUGUUGACUGGUUCAUCAUGUACAAAUUACCAAAAUAUAAACAAGGUAAUGUGGGAAGUGGAGUUGACUAUAUGUAUUUGGAUCCCUCAUUACCCAACUGGCAGAUGAGUAAAUAUUCGGUGAAUACCAGUGAAGGGGCAUUAGGCAGGACACUGAGCCAGCUGUACCAAAGAUACAUGUCAAACAGCUCGGCAUACAUGCUCUACAAUGAUGCUCCUCCGUUGCUGAAGUAUGAGUAUAAUUAUGGACACACAAAAGGGGCACUACUUUUUGACCAGUUUCAAGGAUUCUGGUUAACACACAGCAUUCCUCACUUUCCACCUUUCCCCGAAAUGGGUUUUGGCUAUCCCUCCACUGGAAAACUCUACGGCCAGAAUAUUCAGUGUACAACCUACAAUUACGAACAGUUCCAAAAAAUAUCACAGCAACUAGCAUAUAUUAACCCAUACACAUACAACUGCUCAAUGCCAUCAGCCUAUUACACAGAGAUGGCAGAAAUGGCACAGAUCUGUGCUGGCAAAACUGUAACUGUGGUCCCCAGGAGAAGGCUUGAAAAGCUGAUGUCAGUCAAGGGAGAGACGUUCCUUAGUUUUGCCAAAUCACACAGCUAUGUUGAUGACAUUUAUGCUGGCUGGAUAGCACAAACACUGAACACAGACUUUCUAGUGGAAACCUGGCAACGGGAAGCCCACCAGCUUCCCUCCAACUGCUCGCUUCCUUACCAUGUGAUGAAUAUCAAGAGGGUCUCUCUGUCCGAGCUGGUGACUUUCAGCUCCUAUGAUGACCACUCCAAGUGGUGUGUCUCUUGGGAACACCAAACCCAGUGGACUUGUCUAGGGGACCUGAACAGAGAGAGCAGACAGGCAUGGAGAGGAGGUGGCCUCAUCUGUACACCAAAUUCAGCCAUGUACAAAGCUUUCCGUUCGGCUGUGGCCUGGUAUAAAAAUUGUUAGAAGCACGAAGUCUACUGUUAUCUACAGGAAUGUGCACAAGCUUUUAAAUAGUAUUUUAAAAAUUUUUUUUUCGUUUUCGUUGUUAGAUUUUCGAUGUGGAGUCAUUAGACAGAAGUUGAAUUGCAGGCAUUGUGCAAUGUGCUGUAGAUGUCGGAGCCACCCAUUUGCAGUACACAGUAUAAACAAUUAUUAAUAAUCAAGUGACCAGUUGAGAGCCUUCCGUGCACCUACAGUGCCACGAUCAUGGACAGAGCUGUUUGUAGUGCAUAUUAUUAAUUGUGCAAAACCAGCAUACCAGCUUAAAAAAUGGACCACACUCAUCAAACUGGUACACCAACUUUUCCAGCUGGUAUGUUAUUUUCCAGCUUCCUAAUUACUUGUCUAAAUUGAUGUUGAAAAAAUGUUUGAGAUUCUGUAAUUGCCUCACUCUUGAAAUUGAUUAGGGUUUAAAAAAAAAAAAAAAAAAAUUAUUUUAUUAUUUUUUAAAAAGAUAUAUUAAAGUAUUUUGAGCACAACAAGAAUCAUUCUAAAACAGAAAGGUCGGAAACUUUUAAGGAUUUAUUCUUGAGGAGAAUUUGUCAAGUGGAAGUGAUUUUUGUGGAUUUUUAACACGGUGAAUUCAUUGAAAUUGAUUUCUAAUAAAUUCGUUAGUGUGU